AUGGAUGAUGAUGAUGAUUUCCAGCAACCACGCUAUAUCCGAAAAAAGAAAGUGAAUCCGAGUGGGCGCUUAUCACCUUCCAUAGAUCACGACAUGCUAUCCCCUACUGCGGCAUCUGCUUUUCAAACAAAGGAUCCUUCCAAAUCCACCUCAUAUCGAAUACCCAAGAUUUUCGUCUGCAGUCGAACCCAUAAACAACUUGCCCAACUGGUUGGUGAAUUGAAAGGAAACACGACUUACAGACCUCGGAUGACGGUGCUUGGAAGUCGUGAGCAACUCUGCAUUCAUCCAAAAGUGUCCAAAUCAUCCAACAAGUCAGAGGACUGCUUUAAUCUACUCGAAGCUCGAGAGUGUAUCUACGGUCGACGCGUGGCUCAGCUUUUAGGUGAUCUUCAAAUAUCUCGCGGUGUGAAUCCCAUCUGGGAUAUUGAAGAUUUGGUUACGCUGGGAAAAAAGACUCGAGGAUGUCCGUAUUAUUCAGCACGCACUCUGUAUGAACAUGCCGAGCUGGUUUUCUGUCCCUACAACUACAUAAUCGAUCCUAAUAUUCGCAGUGCAUUGGAUAUCGAUCUGGAGAAUAACAUUGUCAUUAUUGAUGAAGCCCAUAACAUUGAGGAUGCGGCACGUUCUGCUGGCUCGUUCGAGAUCAAUGAAAUGGAGCUUAAAAUAUUGCAGCUUGAACUAAAUCAGAUUUCCAAACGAGAACUUUCUGCCGAUAGCCACGGCCAAAUUCUCUUCUUGGUAGAUUCGUUGCUUGAUUGGAUGCAAAGUCCGGAAAACGUCCACAAUAUCAAAGAAUUCGACCGAGACGUUGCACUAUGGGAUGGUCAUCAGCUGGUACCCAAACUGAGCUCGGUGGGUAUCACGCAGAGUAUUUUCCAUACCACGCUGGUGUUUGCCCAUCAAGCGGUUCGACGCCACGCAGAUGAAAUACGGAAGAAAAACGAAAGUCGAGGCACGGAUCUAGACAUGGUAUAUGAAGACGAUGAACCGUUUUCCAGCCAAAAUCAAAAGUACACUGUGCGCGAAUGUGUGAGCGACUACGGGUUACGACUGUUGUCCGGUCUUUUCAUGGUCCUCGGUUAUAUUUUUGAUAAAGAGCAUGCUCAUGCCAAAGACUACCGCAUGGUGCUUAUCAAAAGGAAAAAUCGCACGACAAAACCUCAAAACGAAGCUGGGACGGGUGACACUAAUAGCUCUACUCUGCUUUUAGACGCAUGGGUUCAUAAACUCGCAUUCUGGUGCCUGAAUCCCGGUAUUAUUUUUCGUGACAUUAGCGAAAAGGUCCAUUCCGUGAUUCUAACCAGUGGUACUUUAUCACCAAUGGAUACCUUUGCUCGAGAGCUUGAAACCGACUUUCCAAUACGAGUUGAAGCCAAGCAUGUCAUUGACUCGUCCCAAGUCUGGGUCCGGACACUUCCCAGAGGCCCCGGACAAGUGAUAUUAUCUGGUACCUUUAACAAUGUUGAAAGCUUUGCUUACCAAGAUGAUGUCGGUGAAGCUCUGUUAAAUGUGGUGCGUGCGGUCCCCUAUGGCGUGCUGUGCUUCUUUCCCUCAUACAGAGCCAUUGACACACUCGUGAAGCGGUGGAAGACGACGGGUCUCUAUCAACAGUUGGAUCAGCAAAAGCAUGUUAUGUUAGAGCCUCAUCAGGGAGCCAGGAACGCUUUUGACAAAACUUUGAAAAAGUUUUAUGGACACAUCCAGAAAGCACAAGAGGGCAUGUUUGGUAGUGGCAAAGACGGAGCUUUAUUUCUGGCAGUAUAUCGAGGAAAAGCAAGUGAAGGCAUCGAUUUUAGCAACAAUAACUGUCGCGCCGUCGUGGCUCUCGGCAUACCGUAUCCGAACAUGUGA